AUGGAAAACGAAACUUUUUCCGGAGAAACAUCAGAUUUAAGACCAUCAAAGCCGAUCAAGAUUCUAAAACUGAAGAUCUCGAAACGUUGUAAUCAACAUAUAUGCCCCGUUUGCAGCAAGGAGUUUACCUCAGGGAAGGCAUUGGGAGGUCAUAUAAGGAUUCACACGAAGGGAAACAAAAACAAUGGUCGCCAUAGAAGGAUUUCGAAGCUUCGUUCCGACCCUAAGAAACGGAUCUCGCCGAAACAUAGUGAUGAUCAAGAUGAUGAUAAGGUUGUCAAUUGCUGCGUGUGUAACAAGGAGUUCAAGUCAAUGAAAUCUUUGUUCGGGCACAUGAGGAAUCAUCCCGAACGGAGUUGGAGAGGGGUCCGACCGCCGCCUUCUGACAAAAACAGCUGUUGUUCGAGUGUUUCCGAAGACGGCGAAGCUAUGGAAGUCCAUCAGGUUAGCUUUAAAAAAGAAGAAAACUCGGAAGAGGAGGAGGUUCUUGAAGCUGCUUAUUGCCUGAUGAAGAUAGCUCGAGGAGAUUCCUUUGAGUUUGAUCAGUCAAGGUACAAGCUUCCAAUUGAUAUGAAUGGUUGUUUUGAUCAAUUUCACAAGUUCCCAAGGAAGCCUGUUGAAGAAUGGUGUGAUCUAUCAUCCAUGGAAGGUUUCUACCCCAAAAACCCUAAUGGCCAUGGAAAACAAUUUGAAGCUCCGGUGAACAAAACCGCAGCACCAGCAACAGUGGAGGGCGAAGACCGAUGUUCCGAAACUGAAGGCAGUCAUCAGGUUUGUUCCCGCAAGAUGCUUGAUAUUGAUCUAAAUGAAUCUUAUGUGCCAGUAGAUCAUGAGGGUGCAUGGAUCAUGUAG